AUGCCCCGCCAUCUCAACACGCCAGCCCCCGGACCUUCCAACGCCUACGUGGACAUGCCGCCGUGGGCGUCUCCCGGAGCCGCGAGCGACUGGUCACCCGCAGGGGCCGGAGCCUAUGGUGCAGGAGGUGCAGGAGGCGGAGGCUGGGGUGCUCCCGACGAAGGCGGCGCUCCUGGCGGCUGGGAAGAUUGGAACGCGACCACCGGUGCAGGGAAUAAUGACCCAUGGGCGACAGGUCCGGCAAGCCCACCAAACGCUCCUCCAGGAGGCUUUGGUGGCUGGAACGCUCCUCAAGCCCCAGGACCCGACAUGGAUCCCAUGCCCGACUCCUACUUCGCUCCCCGGAACGCGCCGCCUCCUUCCUCCCCAUGGCACCCAAGCGCUGGUCAAACGCCUGGCCCGACAUGGGGCAACCUCCCCGGGACGGGCUCGCCUUACCCUAGCUGGUCCUCCUCGCAGACGCCGCCCUCGCGUGGGCUAACCACUCCACAAACCCCGGCUAGUGCCCUCGACCAGCCUACGUUAGGCCGUUCGUUCUUCGGUGGCCUAGGUCGCUCAGCCUCGCAAACCCAGCCCAAACCACGUCAUAACAAGCGAAGUAACUCGAUUGACGUACACCGUAGCGUGUCCGACGCGCUCCCGCAUUACCGGAAUGGGUGGAAGCCCACAGAGGGCUAUGGCCCUCUUGAACCCGCGCGACGUCCGCGCGAAUGGCGCCCCGAAUACACUGUGCGACCCAGCUUCGCCUCGUAUAUACCUCGGGGCCGCCGGGAUACUGUUGUCGACGACUUUACCGAUCCCGUGCGGCGCAAGCUUUCGUACCUCCUCGCAUACGCGUCCCCUCCACCCGUCUUCUGGGACAUCCGCUACGACCCCGAAUACGUCAACUGCCUGAACUUCCCUUGCUUGAGACGACAACACAACGAAAUCGACUUCUUUCAAAUUGCCUCCGAACCUCCCGUUGAGCGCAUGCGCCUCGUCCAUCACCGCCUCCCUUGGUACAUCGAGAUUCUGCAGAGCCAGCCUAACGGUAUCACUGUGGGCGAUAUCAUCACUCAGAUGUACGCCCAGUUGUCCAUGAGCAUACUGGCGAAGGACUAUUGGAACGAGGAGAUGACCGAAGCCGACCGGGAGAAGAUCACGGUCGCAUAUCGGAAACGAUGUAAGGACGACGAGCAAGAACUCGGGAAGGGGGUGAAGAGGGUCGACUACCUCGGAGAGCGGGUCAUCUUCGAGGGUCUGCACAAGAAAGGCGGAAUUUGGGAGAUCAAGUUGAAGAAGAAGCACGAAUGA